UUCUUUAGCUCCAUGGUAACGGCGCAAAGCGUUUUUCGAGUUUUGUAUCCUAGCUAUUUUCUUACGUUUCCAAUGCGAUAUUUGUAUAAAUAUAGUUUGAAGUUACAUCAAAAACUUUAGCAAUGAUGAGCCGCACACCCGAUGCAAGAGCGAGAGACACCCAGACCAAGCAGAUCCAGGAGAGCAUCACUAGUGUGGAGAAACACUUCGGAAAUCUGUGCCAACUGUUUGCUGCUUAUGUCCGUAAAACUGCACGACUACGUGACAAAGCUGAUCUACUGGUCAAAGAAGUCAGUUUGUAUGCUGACACAGAGACACCCAACCUAAAAUGUGGAUUGAAGGAUUUUGCAGAUGAUCUGGCCAAGAUUCAGGACUAUCGCCAUGCAGAGGUGGAGAGGCUGGAGGUAAAAGUUGUAGAGCCUUUGAAAGCGUAUGGAAAUAUUGUCAAAACAAAACGGGAAGACCUUAAGUUGACGCAGACUGCGAGGAACAGAGAAGCCAAGCAAAUGCAGCAGCUCGAAAAGAUGAGACAGAAAAACCCAUCUGAUAGACAAAUCAUUUCACAGGCCGAGAGUGAACUCCAAAGAGCCACGAUGGAUGCCACGCGCACGACCCGACAGCUGGAGGAGACAAUAGAUGACUUUGAAAAGCAGAAAAUUCAAGACAUCAAGAAAAUUUUGAGUGAAUUCGUGACUGUUGAGAUGGCCUUUCAUGCCAAGGCUUUGGAAACGUACACAACGGCUUACCAGCACAUUAAGAAUAUUGAUGAGGAAGGAGACCUUGAGGUGUUUAGGAAUUCACUGCACCCCCCUGAUUACCAGUCACGGUUAGAAAUAGUUCGUGCCAAUUCAAAAUUGUCUUUGAAUCAAACUGCUACGUCAAUGAGUAAAUCUGGUACAUUACAGUCCAGAACGUCUAGCAGGCACAGGAAACAGGAUGAGGAAGAAGAUGAUGAUGAGGAGGAGGAGGAGGAUGAUGUAGAGGAAGUGACAGAUGAUGAGCAUUAAGAUGAAUUUUCAUUGCCAUUCUGUGAUCAUACAUGUGUGCGUUUUUAGACAAUGACAUUUGUGUACUGUUUUGAAUCAGAGAUGACAAGAUAACACUUCUUUGUAUGUAAAUGUUAGCUUGGUUAAUUUAGGGUGGGUGCAUGGUGAUAUGUUUGCUUUGUUGUAAAUCACACAUUAUGAAAUCAUGCUGGACUGCGGAAUUUUGUUUUGAACAGUUUUAGAUUUGCGACAUAUGUGUUGCAAGUGCCAAGCAAGGUCAGUGAUCAAUAAGGUGGUUUGGUCAAAACAUGCCUUAGAAAAUUCAGGUUUUAUUAAGCAUUGUUUUAUUCAUGACUCAAAGUGUUUAGCGUCUGCAUUUGUUUUCUGUUUGCAGUGUAGAUACCAAAAGAGUCACUGAGAGGCAUUUUAUUUGCAAAAACAAUAAGAAAUCCCUGGAACUUGACCCACCCUACUACGGCCUCAUUGUCUCUCAUAGCUUUUAUGUCAGUCAUGAAUGAGUCAGAAACACUAACCAGUAUUGCUGGUGUAAUUAUGACUAGCUCUGACAGGAGCAGAAGUGUAGAAGAUAGAUCAAUAACAUUACAAGCUAUUAUGUUUACGUGUUGCGGUUUGAUGUCUGGUGGCCUGUUGUCAAUGUAAUGAAACCGCAUACUUCGAAAAUUGGUUAUUUUACAUAAAGUUGCGCCGCCAUAUGGGAGCGGACAGACUACGUAAAAUAUGGUGUGUCCCAAUUUGUCUUACGCUAUGCUUUAAAAGUAGUGGUUCUUCUCAAACUGGGGGCUUUGAGAUGGUGCCGGGGGGCCUCAGUUUACUGACAUUUUAGAAAAAAAACAUGAAUUUAUUAUAAAUUCUGUGUAAUUAAACCUCAGAAAAAUAAGACUACCAACCAACAGCACUACAUUGUAUAAUUUAAAAUGUUUUGUUUAAUUCAAAUUUUAAUGUUUUUUUAAUGUGUUAUGUCAAAAAAUUUAUUUGGGGGGCCACGAAAGGAAGGACCAUACACAGGGAGUCCGCACACUGAAAUGUUUUGAGAACCACUGCUUUAAAAGUAUAUACAUAAAAAAAUGCUAGGUUAUUUUCAACGCAGUGUUGGGCCAAAAACGGACAAACCCAGCAGUUGGGUUAAAUUAACCCAAAAAUAUGUUUAUAUUUAACCCAACAAUGGGUUAAAAUAACCCAGCAUAGGUUAAAUUACAACCCAACAUGUUGGGUUUGUCCCUUUUGACCCAACGCUGAGUUGAAAACAAGGCUUUAAACCAGUUCACGGAACAAAAAGAAAACCAGAUACUUUUGAUGUUUUGCACGGAACAGAAACGGAACUAGAAACUUUAAAAAAAUAUAUGUUCCGGAACAGAAUCGUUUAUUUAAAAUAAUGGUAACUGGUUAAUACCGUUAUUUUGUCUGUGUGCGCGUGUCUAAGUGCAUUCAAAAGUGCACACGGAGAGACAUGUUUCAAAAAGCAAGCGGACAAUCUUUCUGUUCUUGACAGGACACAUACAAACAAAAUGAUCUUGAAAUACCCACAGUAUUCUUUUUCUAAUAAAAACAUUUGUUUAUGUCUUAAGUAUAUGUAUACUGCCCUACAAAGGCAAAAGGCAGUAACUUCGUUUUUGGUCAAAAAUUACUUAUUGAUAUUUUUGAGACAUUCAAGACCUUUAUUAUUUGCAUUAGUAUCUUGAGUCAAUUUUAUGCUUUUUCGAGAAAAUAAAAAUAAAGAAGAAAUUAACUGACAACUGAAACUCACUAUAAGUCUAAACUUUAAAGUCAUUUUUCUCAGUUUCACACUCUAGCGAGUUAAGGUCUUUUGCCUUUGUAGGGCAGUAUAGAUUAGAGGCAGAAACCAGGUCAGUGCUUAUCUUAAAGAGACGGUAACCUCAAUUAACAUAAGCUACUACUGUAUGCAUUGCAGACUAAUAAUUUAAGUUUAAUGUCCUAAUGAUCAGCAUACUUAUUUGUAUGUCGCUGAUAUGCACGUUAUUAACUGGUUUGGGAACUAAAUUUUUUUGUUCUAACCGGUUCAAAAACAUAAAUUUUAGGGUGGAAUCGAAAACCGGAAACGUUAAAAUGAUGUUUUUGUUCGGAAUGAACCAAUUGGGAAAUAAAUCUGGUUCAAAGCCCUGGUUUAAAAUAACCCAGCAUCUUUUUCGAGUGUUCACAACAUUUUUAGUGUACUGUUUUUGCUACAGAAAAGAAUAUGCAUUUCAUUGUGUAGCCAAAUAAUAUGGACUUGGACAUGCUAACAUGUACAGGAAAUGACCGUUGUUGCCUAGACAUACAGUUGUGGAAAAAAUAUUGGCAACCUUGGUAAAGAAAGCUGUGGAAAUAAAUGUACAAUGUUUCUCUUAUAGAGCUUUAAUUAAAAAAAAUUCAAUGUUUCAUUGAUAAAAAAAUAUUUGUGGGGGAAAUCACAUCAUAUAUAUUUUUUCUAAAAUAGUCAUUGGCCACAAUUAAGCUUAAUUUUAAGCUUUCCGACCCCAAAGUUCAGUCGUCUUCUUGCUGAGCAUUAGGACGAUAUUUGCAACACCUCCAGUCUUCAUUAUUGCCCUGAUUGUGGAAUUUUUUAUGGUUUUAACUAUUUCCUUAAAGCCACUUUCUACCUUGUGUUGACAUCAGAUUUAUAGUCUUUGGGUUUACCCAUUGUGAUAAAUGAUAGGGGGAUUUGGGCUUUGUGUUACUUAAUAUUUAUUCCCCUGUGGAACAGGAAGUCAUGACUCAUGACUGGACAACAUCGUGUUUCUAGUCACCUUGUCCUUAGACAAUUUUAAUAUCAGCGUGAAUAUACUAUAUAUUUAUGAGAUUUUUUUUCAUAACAAUUACUAGGGGUGCCAAUAAUUGUGUCCAGUGUUAGAAAAAAAACAUUUAUUUAAUAAUGCAAUGUCCCCUCCCCAAUUUCAAUAGUUUUACUUUAAUAAAACAUUGUAUUUUUUAUUAUUAAAAGCUCAAAAGGAGAAACAUUAUGUUCACAGCUUUCUUUGCUCAUAUUUACCAAGGCUGCCAAUAUUUUUGUCCACAACUGCCCAUUGUGAUCUUUAGCAAUAAAGACUGAAUUUAAUACAUUAAAUCAUAGAAUUGUCACUUAUUUAUUAAUUCAGUGUAGCAUUAACUACUCUCUUACUCUCUUUUGCACUGAAUUGUGGGUAAUAUGCAUGCAUCUUCCCUUCAGAUAUUUUAAUUGGAAAUAGUCAAUACUUUUAAGUGUAUAUACUGUAUAUUUCAAAGUACUAUAAUUCCACACAUGCUAAUUUCCAAAACUAUCUAGGUAUUUUUGAAUUGUAAAAUUGUAGUUCUUUUUUUAAUAGAAAAUGUCUGCAAAGGCAUCAACUUAAAUUUUACAUGUUGCGUCCAUGUUGAUGUGUGUAAGAGAUGGCCAUAAUCAGACAGCACACCAAAUACAAAAAGUGCACCUUUAAUUAAUAGGAUGCCACCUGAAAUGAAAACAAGAUAAGGUUUUCAUGAACCUUCAUUGUGUAUGAAUGAGGUCAUAAAUUAAUCAUAGUGAAUAAAAUGACUAUUGGCCGAUA